AUGCAUCCAAAUGCUAUACCUGCUCCGUCACAAGAAGUUCCAAAAGGUGUCUACUUUGAUUUGGAACGCGAGAUUUGGCUAUUGCGUUCUACAAUUGCGUACCACGACGAAUUUGGGUAUUACCCAUUUGACAGCAUCGAAGCGAGGGAAGAUUUCUGCGAGAAAUGGGUUAAGAUGACCAUGGGAGAACACUGUACAGAAUCUUUCAAUCUGAGAAAGAAAUACGAAGAGAGGUUGAAGAAGAAGUAUCAAGAUUUGACACCACGCGAGCAAGAAGCGUUAGAAACGGGGAACAAGAUAUGGGUUAGCAGAGAUGCCCCUAUGCUUGCACCCGAUGGUAAAGAGGAGGAGCCUCAAGAACGUAAAGACAACAUGCUUUCAUCAAAAGCUCAUAAAAGUGGUAAAGAUAAAGAUUAUGACAGUGGUGAAGAGGAGAGUGAAGGUGAAGAUGCUGAUGAUGAGGAGGAAGAGGAGGAGCAGCAGGAAAAGGAGGGGUUCGAGGAGCUUUUGGAUCGGAUCCCGUUAUUGAGGAAGUCUUUCAAAUAUGGUGCAAACAUCAACGAUGAUAUGAAGAUCCCGGUUAUAUCAGCUGAUGUUGUCAAAGAUGGUCUAGCUGCCUUACGGAGUGAAAAAUUGGAGAAAUGGAAUAACAAAUGGAAAAAGAUGAUGGUUAAAGAACUUGAGCUUUUCCUCAAGAUGGUCAAUAUGAUCAGGAGGCAGACAUUGUUUUUGUUGGCUCAGAUGAAGACUGAAUAG